AUGGGGUAGCACCAAACACUGCGAUUUUUUAAUCAGAUAUUCGACUUCUAAGGACAAGACCUAUAGGAAUUUAUAGGCACUAUAGGGAUGCUUGUCUACUGAAGAAAUGGUUAAGAUAGUCCAAGUAGUUAAGAAAUAAAAAUUAGUGUUUGGUGCUACCCCGUGUUUGGUGGUACCCCAGUUUCCCCUAUUUAUUGUCGGUAGGAUCACCAACUGUGCUAACUGCAUUUGCUUUGUGUCAGCACUCUUUGUAAGCGACACAUCGCCGCGUGGCAUUCACAACGAAUGCAGACACAAUGCUGUUAGCACAGUUGCUGAUUCAACCGACGAUAUACUGCUCCUACUGCUCUCUCUUUGAUUUCGAGCAGUAGUAUUACUGCAGUAAAAUAUAAAUGUUAUCCUUCCUGUUAAUUUAAAUUUAAAAAAUGAUUUGUUCAUUCAAAAAAUCAUUUGUAAUAUUAACUGUAUUAGUUAAUUGAUGUAUUCUUCUUUCGGUACAAUUUGAAAAAUAAAACUCACAGAAUUUUCUCACAGAGUUCGCAUAGUUUAAUAAAAAAACUGAUCGAUUGAGAGGUGAUUGAAAAUGCAAAUUAAAACCCAUUCAACACUCCUGAGAAGUUUCAUUGAUGAGCAGAAUUUAGCAAAUCUGGAGAAGUGAGAGAAAUAGAGAUAAACGGAAAAUUAAUUUAACCUGCUGCCCCAAACAUUGAAAGAUUGAAAAGAAUAACAGAAAGUGACGAUAGAAUUUCAAAUGAUAUGAAUAUCACAAGAGUGCUAAUCCACAAAAACAAUUUAAUUGUGGUAUGGAAAAUGUGCGGGAAAAGUGAGUGAAAAAUUUCUCUGCAAGAGACUAAAAAAAAGAAAUUCUGAGUGUUGUAGUUGAAAUUUCUUUAGUGAAACAUGACUUAAGUUGGAGGCGAGAAAUGUUGCGAACAACAAUGUGCAAAUCUUUCAUUUUUCUCCUGCUCAUGUUGUACAUUUUGGGAAUCAGGGUUGUCUCCAGCUUCACCACAUCGAUUCUAUGUGCCAGAAUUCCUGGCCUCUCCCACGUUCAGCGAGCUCUCUGCACGGAAUCACCGGACGCUGUUGUGGCACUCGCAAUGGGACACGUUGCAGGUGCCGAAGAGUGUCAACAUCAGUUCAAAGGACAUCGAUGGAAUUGCACACAAGUCUGGAAGAAGGAUGUUUUUGGACAUGUUAUUGUCGUAGGAUCCAAAGAGGCAGCAUUCACGUACGCGAUUGCAAGUGCGGGUGCUGUCCAUUCCAUUGUGGCAGCUUGUGCCAGAGGUAAUAUAUCACUCUGUGGCUGUGAUCGAACUCCGCUGUCGCAGCAGAAUCAGGACUGGAAAUGGGGUGGAUGCUCAGCUGACAUUGGGUUCGGGAUGAAGUUUGCUCGGAAGUUUCUGGAUGCCAGAGAAAUCGAAGGUGACGCCAGGAGCCUCAUGAAUCUGCACAACAAUCGUGUGGGCAGAAAGUUGGUGAAGAAUCUCCUGCGAACCGACUGCAAAUGUCACGGAGUCAGUGGCUCUUGUGUUAUGAGGACGUGCUGGAAGAGUUUACCAACACUUCGGGCUAUUGGUGAUCUCCUCAUGAGAAAGUAUCACCGUGCACGACCCGUAAUGACAAUUCAGGAUCAUGGAAAACUUGUUCUGAUCAACAAAAGGAGAAGCCGCAUGAUGGUGAAUCCGCAGAAGGCCCAGCGUCCAAAGCGUCUUGAACUAGUCUACCUCCAGUCGUCUCCCAACUAUUGCGAACGCGAUACGAGCCUGGGCUCACUGGGCACCAUGGGCCGACACUGCAAUCGCACGGCUCGUGGCAUCGAAGGCUGUGAUUUACUGUGCUGCGGAAGGGGUUACAAUACACACCAAAUAAAUCGUACCUGGCAGUGCAGGUGCAAGUUCCAGUGGUGCUGCCACGUUCAGUGUGACAUCUGCCAUGAACACUUUGAAGAGUACACUUGCAAGUAGCCCAAGCUCACAAGAUUCCUCUAAACCACACACAGUAUUCCUUUUUUUUUAAAUAUCAAAGUCCGCCCUGAUCAAAUACAGUAUAUAGCUCUCUUGAAAAUUUCCCUUAUCAGCGUGGAAAAUUGAAGACAUGAAGACUGAUUAAAGUUUAAGAUCUUAAAAUUCAUUUUUAUCUGCUGUAAAAAAAUAUCUCGAUGUAAAAAUGUGUGUAUAAAAACUCGAUAAUUUAAUUCAAUUAAAUAUCAUUUAACCAA